UUUAAUAUAAUAUCUAAUUUUGUACGUGGAAUAAAAAUGAGAAACUGGUGAGGACAGGGUCACUAUGAGUUAUCUCACCGUAGAUCGCCAGGGACCUUCUGCAACGAAGGAAAAGCCUGAAAAUACCAAAGAGAACAAUGAGGAUCUCGAGGUGGACAACUCUAAGAGUGUUUUGCUCAAAAUAGCCACCCUGUAUGCUGAGCAGUUGAUGAGUGACCUCACCAUAGAAGUUGCAGGAGUUGGGUAUCCAGCACACAGGCUCAUACUCUGUGCCAGCAGUGAAGUCUUUCAGGUGAUGCUUAUGAACCGCGAAUGGAGCGAGUGGCGCGAGAGUCGUAUUGUGCUCCAGGAGACGCCUACAGCUGCAGCCGUGUUUCCGCACUUUUUGAAGUAUUUUUACACAGGUCUUAUAAAGAUAUCCCACGAGACAGUGCUUCCUGUGCUGUCACUGGCAGAUAAAUACAAUGUUAAGGACCUAGUAACGCUAUGUCUCGGAUACAUGGCCAAUCACAUAGCACAGGCGGCCAAACGCGGUAAACUCAUAACUUGGAUGCAGUAUACUAUGGCUUGCGGCCACAACGACGUAGCAAAGGCCUGCCAGAACUUCGUGAAGUGGAACCUUGAAUGGGUGUGGGGGGAGUGCGAGCUGGCCGAAUUGGAUGGAGACACUCUUCUAACGCUGCUGCAGCAGUCAGAUUUAGUGCUGCACAACGAGGCGACCCUCUACCAUUUCGCGGUCCGAUGGCUGAAUAAACAACGGGAACGCAUAACAGACGCGGGCUUAAGUGAAGCUGAAGCCAAACUGCACUGGGAAACUUUGGUCAGCGAUGUGUUCUCACAUGUUCGAUUUCCAAUGAUGUGUCCUAAACAAUUAGCGAAGCUUCUUCUGUGUCCAUUGACGCAAGAGCAUAAGGACUUCUUCAUGGAACGAAUGGCCAUCGCCAUGAGCUAUCAGUCAGGGCAAUACGAGCGAGUGGCCGAAGUCCAACAGACCGAAGCUGGCCGUAUGUUAUUCACUCCUCGCCUAUACACAGAAGACACUUGGGGCUCAGUAUUGGCCGUCGAUAACUUCCAUUCGCUGCCUUCUUACCACACGAGAACGUUUAUAUUCUCAACGAGAAGGGGUAUGGCUGAUCAUACGCAAGAUAUAGCUGAAUGGACAGUGGAUUUAUACCCUAAAGGCGUGUGGUUUAGGAAGAGUCUGCUAAUAGUCUGGGCUGGGACUUACGAUGUGCCGGAAGUAGUUCUGCGCACGGUGCGUAUAUCCAUCACUUGUCAGAACUGUCCCGAACCUGAGAACGAGUACGACGAGGAACCGGAUGUCAGGGUUAAGAUCGGAAUUCUGGUGUGGGGCGUCCAGAAGGGAGUGGAACACGUUUCUGCCGUAGUGGAGAAGGUGCAUCGGUUCUCUUCCCAGAACAGGGUGUUGAAUAUCGACGGCGCGUUGGAUUUCGACGAACUCAACACCCCUCUGUAUACGCCCCCCGGCGGCGCCCGUCCCGAUACUGAUCCCCCGGUCAAACGAACCAGCCGCUGUCCCAAAUGCACUGAAACCGCUGACAAUCCCGAGCCACGACACUUGUUGGGGCCCAACAAGGAUCAAUUGCGGAUACAAGUGAUAAUAGUUCCAUUGACGGACUAUUGUCACGUGGGCCCUCCAGAGACUAGCGGAUGACGAAACACUCGCGUCGAUCACAAUAAACUAGAAAGUGAUAUGCCAACAAUACUGUAACAGUAUUCUGUCAUUGCUCAUUAGCAAGUUAGACUGGGGCUAAUUUAAUAAUAUGUGCCACUUUAGUUGUCAUUCUACUUUAGCUAAGAAAGGGAUUUGAUAAAAUAAGUUCAACAGCUGCACUCAAAUCAACUAUUAAGUUUGACCAAAGUGGAUGCUGUCACUUUCUCUACGAUGAUAAUAGAGAGAGACAACAUGGGACUUGAUCAAAGCAUUAAGUUAAUUCGGUACGGUUGUUAAACGAUUUUUAACCAUCCACUUCUAAAGUUAAAGAAGUGUCAAAAUAUAGUGCGAUUCAAAUCAGAAUACGAAAGCUAAUGACGAAAACUUUUUUUGCUCACUCUACCUAUUUAGUUUGAAUUGACAGCUAUUAUAUCACAAUAUGGCGCCCAGUCGGUCCUGUUCUUAGUUGAAUCGCAUUAUAACUAUGAAAGGUAAUCGAAAAGUUUACACAAUUCGGACACAGGUUUGUUCGUAUUUAAUGCGCUGGCGCAGAUGAAAUCCACCGAGUCUUAUUGAUUCGAUAUGCGCUUUUAGCAUAAUAUUCACAUAUUAAAUAAAGGUUGCAAAUGUUAAAUGUACGCAAAGGUUGCAAAUGUUAAAUGUACGC